CAGGUGGACUCCUCCCCCCACCUCGUUGCCCCCGAGAUCUCAGUCCUCCCCAAGUCCUCCUCCGCCGCUUCCUCCUUUCCAGGACCGACCCCCUCGCUGACGUCAUCACCAGCUCAUCCGACUCCAUGACGACAAGAGAGCGAAUCAGACGUCACUAUCGGAUUCUCACCAGCCUGAAGAGUAGGAGCAAUGAAGAGGCUCCUCCUCCUCCUGAAGAUCCCGCCCCCUCUCAGAUGGAGGUGCAUGAGAGCAAUGAUGUCAUCAGGAUGAACGAUGAGGAGGAGGAGGAACAAGGGGAGGAGAGGGAGGAAGAAGAGGAAGAGGAGGAGAGCGAGGUCUUCCUGGCUCUGUCUGAAUCCUCAUCCAGCUCCACAGGAAGUGUUGCCCUUGACGACGACCUGGCCGAACUCGAGGAGGCGGAGUCAGAGAGUGAACAGGAAGUGACUUGCAGAGCAGCAGCAGAGUCCCUCCUCCUGCCGCAGGAAGCGGACCAGAGGGGGUCUGAGGACAAGAGGGGGUCUGAGGACCAGAGGGGGUCUGAGGAGGAGGUCUUCGCUCAGGAUUAUCUCCUCAGAGUGUGUGAUGCGGUGCAGGGGUCACAGGGCCUCUCAGAGCAGCUGCUGCAGGUGCUGGAUCAGUUCUCGGCAGCGGGGCCCCUGGGGUCCCCGAAGGCUCUGUAUGACGGCCUGAGCUGUGUGCUGCAGCCGUGGCCUCAGCUGCUCAGAGACUUCGCCGCCUUCCUGAACCAAGGACAGGCCCGCCGCUGCGGACUGCUGCCGGAGCAGCAGCUGUUUGAACGCAGUCGGCGGUUUCUGAGGCGACUGGGGCAGAGCCUGGGAGAAGGCUCCGCCCCUUACCAGCAGGUGGUGUCGGUGCUGCAAGGAAGCGCCGCCCCCCCACCCGAUGACAUGGACAAGGUCUCCUCGCUCCUCAAACGCCACCCGGGCCUGCAGGAGGAAUUCUGGGAGUUUUUCCAGCAGCUUCACGGCCAGUCGUCACCCGUAGCAACCAGCUCCGAGACCGCGGAGAGGGACUGCGUUUCCCAGAAUCCUCCUGAUGGGAACGGGAAGAGAGUCGACCGCCAGGCGUCUGAAGAGUGCGAGACAGGAAGUGACCGAGAGGAAGGGGCGGAGUCAGAGCGACCGGUCUGCGCCAAAAACAUCUCGAUGACGUCAACCGGAGAGAAAGUCGUCGUAUGGACCCGGGAGGCGGACCGCGCCAUCCUGACCGCCUGUCAGCAGAGAGGAGCCAAUCGGAAAACGUUCAGACGUGUCUCCGCCCAGCUGGGGAACAAGACCGCCCAGCAGGUGAGUCUCCGUUUCCACGACCUGAUGAAUCUUUUCCACUCCGCCUUCCAAAAGUCCUCGGAGAGCCGGCCAGUCGGCACGCAGGAAGCAGCCCUGGGCUAGUUCCUCUGACCUUCUGCCGGUGUUGGGACGGCAGCUGAUCAGGAUCCAGUUCUCCGGAGCUCCGCUGUUCACUAAAGCUGGUCUCCCUUCGCUCUGGGUUCUCCAGAGAUCCAGAAGAACAUCCGGAUCUGUAGAAUCCGUCAGGACUCUAGAGCUCUCGAUGUGAUCUAGAACGAUGGUCGGCCUUCGUAUUUAAUGAUUAUUUAUUUUUGAUUGAGCUGAUGUCACAGAGACCCCGCCCGCUGUGGCAGGGGACGUGGCCUCUGUGAUGUCACAGCGAGGUCAGAAACAAGAAGGAAACACUAAAAGAAACGAAGUGACGAGAAGCUGAACUCUUCUUCUGCUGCUUUGAACUUCCUGCCUUUAGUUUUCUCACACCUGAUGGAACACCAGAUCGGGUUCUGCAAGGCCCCCCUGCUGAGAACCAGAGACGCUGCUGGUCCUGUGGAGCGCCACGUGAACUCUGCGUUUCCCUUCACAUUUUCAAACAUCAAACUUUUGCACUGAAAAUGAAAACGGAUGUUAUUCUUUCUGCAGCUGUAAAUCUGUUUCUGUUCGGAGGUUUAGUCUUCCCAUGAUGCACCACCUGAUCCAUCCCAUGGUUCCCAGCGGACUUAUGUUCGUGACGUUCCGUCAAGCUUUUUAUAGGAAAUGUUUGUUUAUUCAUAUUGAAUAUGAAUGGAUGAAGGUCGACUGCUUCAAUAAAACAUUUUUACGUUUUUCA